GUCUGGCGUUUUCAUGGCUACGUUUUGCUGAUGUGUGAUUUUGGGGAAACAUUCAUACAUCGACUUGAGGUAUUUCUGAGUUCUCUUUCGGUUUGGUAACCUACUCACUUCAGCGAUUACCAGCUGUAGGUGCCUAAGUGCAGUGUCUGUAGAGUAGGGGGUGGGAAAGCCGGCUCGCCACGUCCAUUGGAGUAGAAAGUGCCACGUGCGCCCUCCCAGCGCUCCCAUCACCCAAAUCGCGCCGGUGUCUCGCUCCUUCUUGGCACAGAUCGCUGUCACUCGGUGCGCUUCCUGCCCUUCGUGUACGGGUCGGUGUUUGCAGGUGUCUGACCCCCUAAGAGGGAGGCAGUCAGGAGAGCAGCGGACGGGACGACAUGGCGCUCAGUGGAUUUGACAUCGACGCUCCCCGCUGGGAUCAGCGCACCUUCAUGGGUCGUCUCUGGCACUUCUUCAGCAUCACGGACUUCCGUACGGUGCUGCUGUCCGACACCCGGCUGGACGAGGCCAAGAUGCUGGUGGACAGCUGCAGAGCCGGCGCCGUGCCCCCCGGCACGACCAAGGAGCAGCUGUACUAUGCCAAGAAGCUGUACGACUCUGCCUUCCAUCCAGACACGGGCGACCGCAUGAACCUGAUUGGCCGGAUGUCCUUCCAGGUGCCGGGGGGUAUGGCCAUCACUGGCUUCAUGCUGCAGUUCUAUAGAACCGUGCCAGCUGUGGUUUUCUGGCAGUGGGUCAACCAGUCCUUCAACGCCCUGGUCAACUACACCAACCGCAACGCCGCGUCGCCCAUCACUCCCAAGCAGAUUGGCGUGGCGUACGUCACAGCUACCAGCACGGCUCUGGCCACCGCAGUGGGCUUGAACCUCUACACCAAGAAAGCACCCCCCCUGGUGGCCCGCUGGGUGCCCUUCGCCGCUGUGGCCGCAGCCAACUGCGUGAACAUCCCCAUGAUGAGACAACAGGAGAUCCUCAACGGUAUCGCCGUGACGGACGAGAAUGGGGACAAGCUUGGACACUCCCGGAAAGCGGCCAUCAAGGGCAUCACACAAGUGGUCGUGUCCCGCAUCACCAUGGCAGCGCCGGGAAUGAUCAUUCUUCCCAUUAUAAUGGAGAGACUGGAAAGGUACCGGUUCAUGCAGAGAAUCACAUUCCUCCAUGGACCAUUACAAGUGAUGAUGGUGGGAGUGUUCCUCGUCUUCAUGGUGCCUGCUGCCUGCUCGCUCUUCCCUCAGAGAUGCUCCAUGGCUGUGUCCAAGCUGGAACCCGAGCUGAGGGACUCCAUCGUUUCCCAGUACGGCGAGAGCAUCCGCUACGUCUAUUUCAACAAAGGCCUUUGAAGCUGAUUGGUGAUCAGCCAUCGCCUGCUCACUGCCCCCCAGCCAACAGGAGAGGUCCGUGGUCGCUCACUGUGGUAGACCACUAAUGCUGCAUUAUUAUUUUUUUUUAUUUCAUUCUUUUUGGGUGGGGGUACGGAAGGCAAUGUACCUCCAUUGAAGGAAUGCCAUUUAAAUAAUGAAAAGAGAAUUUGUUUUACUCAUUUUUCUAUAAACCAUUUUUAAAGCAA